CGGCUGCGCGAGCUGCAAUCCCUGGGCGCCCAGGUCUCCACGUACGCCGACGCCAGCUCCUCGGCCUUCGCCUCAGCCUUCUGCGACAUUGACGUGGUAGUCAGCGCUAUCGGGUUUGCCGCAGUGCCGAGCCAGUUCGCGAUGAUUGACGGAGCCAUCCAGGCCGGGGUCAAGUGGUUUAUACCGUCCGAGUUUGGCGUCGAAUACUGCACGUCGUCGUGGCUGCCGUUCGACGGGCCACUGGCGGCGAAGCGCGAUGUGCUGAUGUAUCUGCGCGAAAAGCAGGGCAUGAUUGCACAUACGGCGAUCUACACCGGCUUGGCGCUGGACUACCUGGAUCCGCGCAUGCUCGGCCUGAAGCUCUCGCGCCGGUCGGCCACGCUGGUGGGUCGCGGCGGCACGCCAAUGAGCUGCACAUGCCAGCAGGACGUCAUUCGUGUGAUUGCUGAGGUUGUC